AACCGUGUUUGUGGUUGUACUAACUUUGCAUCCUGUAGUUUUAGGCCUAACAUUGUGUCAAAUUACAAUAUUUUGCGAAUUUAAUGCCAUCAUAUGGAUUAUGAUUAACUUAAAAAGGACUUCACAGAGAAGUGAGCCCAGGAAGUGAGGUGGUAAUCUGUACUCAACAUUUGAAGUAAAUAUAGACCCAACUACAAUCCUUCAAGUGCUUAGCUUAUUUGUUAUCUACAAGAUGCCAUCAAAGAGCAAGAGUAGGAAGAGUAUUUCAAGCAAAAAAUCAAAUCCAUCAACAUCCUUGUUCGGAGCUGAAGAUGAAGUUUACUGUGAGGUACAAAGAAUCCUACGGAGCAGAGUUUGUGGUUCUGAACUUCCAACCAGUCUACCCAAUCUACAGGACCAGAGAAAGCAUUUGUUGAAUAUCAUAGAGCGAUGUGCGACCCAAGGGGAAAGCAACUCUGCAUUGGUCAUAGGUCCUCGUGGAAGUGGAAAGUCAAUGUUGCUGAAACAUGUGUUGGCUGAAGUAAUGAAGGACCGUAAGGUCUCCAACAAUCUGCUUCAGGUUCAUCUGAAUGGUCUUCUACAAACUGAUGAUAGGAUUGCUAUCCAGGAGAUUACAAGACAACUCAAACUGGAGAAUGUUGCCGAGGACAAAGUCUUUGGAUCCUUUGCUGAAAACCUGGCAUUCCUGCUUGAGUCAUUAAAGAAGGAUUCAAGUGGUGCCCAGUCCAUUCUCUUCAUAGUAGAUGAAUUUGAUUUAUUUGCCCAUCAUAAGAAUCAGACUCUUCUCUACAAUCUAUUUGAUGUAUGUCAGUCAGCUCAAACACCCAUCACAGUCAUAGGAGUUACCUGUAGACUGGAUGUUGUGGAACUAUUGGAAAAGAGAGUGAAGUCUCGGUUCUCUCAUCGUCAGAUUCAUGUCUUCAACACGUUGACCUUUGAACAGUAUUGUAAUGUUUUCAAGGAAACCCUUACGCUGCCAUCUAAUUUCAUGGACAAAAUGUUUGCCAAGGAGUGGAACAAUCAUGUAAAGGAGCUGACAGGUGAUUGCACUGUGACUGAGAUUCUGGAGAAGACUUACAGCUUGGAUAAAUCAAUCAGGAGUCUAUACAGUCUAAUGUUGUUGCCAAUUGCAAGAAUAAGUGCAGAUCGUCCAACAUUUGAAGGUCAACAACUACUAGAGAGUCGAAAGUUACACAGUGCUGAUUCAAAGGCUGCUAUGUUACAUGGGGUAUCGAUACUACAACUGUGUCUUAUUAUUGCCAUGCGUCACCUCACAGACCUUUAUGAAGGAGAUCCAUUCAACUUUGAGAUGGUUUAUAAUGAAUAUCAGAAGUUUAUUCAGAAGAAGUCUCACACUGUCCAGCAAUUUGACAAAUCUGUUGUACUAAAGGCAUUUGAGCAUCUAGUAGCUUUGGAGCUUGUGAAGCCAGCAGAGCACAGUACAGGAUCAUCUACAAGGACUCAGAAAGAAUACAGAGCAAUGAGUAUACUGGUGACGUCAUCACAGUUAAUAGAAUCAUUAAGCUCUUACCCAUCCUGUCCAAGCGAGCUCCAACAUUGGGCUAAAAACCCAAUGGCUUCAUGAUAAUUUUCCUGAUAUAUAUUAUAUGAAUUAUGCAAAAUCACUCACUCACCUUGUUUUCAUGUGGUAUGAGAUUUCUGUUGUAUCUUGUUGCUGGAAAGAACCAUGGAAUAUCUUGGUGAUCACAUCACAGCUAGCAAAUUAAUUUGAGUUCAGUGAGCACUUACAUUGGGCUAAGACAUUCAAUGAUAUCAUUAUUUAUGAAUGUCUGGACAUUAGUUUCCCAUUCAGUUGCAAUUGUGCAAGAUGGUAGCCGAUGUUCCAAGAAUUGCUCAUUUUUUUGUUUAACGCUUCAUCAUUAACAGAGCCCCCGUAAUGUUUCUUAUGAGCAGGGAAAUUAAUGGCCAGAUGAACUGCCAUUGUAUCCUGUACCAUUUUUGAGACUUGGUUACAGAUACAAGCAUGACAAGUGUGAGCAUGAACUUUAUAAAAAACAUUCAAUUCCAUAGGUUACACAUCAGGUAACAGUAUACAUUUAUAUUGUAACAUCUGUUGAUGAUGAUUUCUAUAAACCUUUUACAGUAUAAAAUGGACCCUGUUUAAAAGGCCAAGU